AUGAUGACUCGCCUUCCCUUGUGUCAGCAGCAGGCCCCCCCGUCGUUGGCGGGGUGCCACAUGCUUGCUGCUUUUCAAGAUAUCCCUGAACGGCCGCUUAACCGGGAUUUGAAAGAACUGUGGGCGGCAUACGGUGAAAACCCGUUCGGUAACGUGCUGGAGUGUUGGAAUCGAUCAAUUCCUGAUGAAGAUGCUGUCGUGUGGUUGAACUCGGAUGGUGAAAUUUCCGAGACCACGACGUUUUCAGAGCUGUUCAGUCGAAUCACAAGACUCAGCAGCUUUCUGCGAGCGGCUGGACUGCAAGUGGGAGAUAGAAUAAUUCUUUGUUAUCCUCCUGGGACUGACUUUGUCACUGCGUUUUUCGCGUGUAUCACUUCCGGUUUCGUCGCAGUGCCUGUGUAUCCCCCCGAUCCUUCGAAGGGUCUGAGCGACGUUCCCCGGUUCUGUGACAUCAACGAAAUUGCGGGAUGCAAGACGGCUCUUACAAAUUCACUGUACAAGCGCGUCGUUCAGGUCAUAACAACCGUUGCCAAAGAUAGCCGGUGGCGCUCGGUUCACUGGGUUUGCACUGAUGAUGUCAUCAAGCGUCACGCUGAAGAAGCGAAAAAUAGUGUUGGCCCUGAUUUUCCAAAUCUCUCUCCUCAUCACCCAGCAUUCCUUCAGUUCACAUCGGGGAGCACAGGCAACCCAAAGGGCGUUAUCGUCACGCACGGUUCUCUGCUGCACAACUGCCACCUUUGCUGGAGCGCGUACCAGUUCCCUUCCCACUACGAGAAUGAUGGCGACGACGAAAACAUCACAAACCACGAUUUUGCGUUGGUCAACCAGAGGGAGUUCUGGCGGCGGAGGCAAGAGAUUUCUAUUAAAUCAAGAGGGCACAGACUUCGAGCCUUUUCGUGGUUGCCCGUCUACCAUGACAUGGGGCUUAUUGGGUUUGUCUGUUCGCCUAUACUCUGUGGAGCAACACUCUACCAAAUGUCACCAAUAGACUUCAUUAGACGCCCGUGGCUAUGGCUUCAAGGAAUGUCCAAGUACGACUGCAUCUGCUGCGCUGCGCCGAACUUCGCGUUCGAAGUCGUGACACGGAAAAUGCCUGACAAUGUCUACGAGCACCUUGAUCUGUCCCGCGUCUGCGGUUUCCUGUCUGGCGCUGAACCUAUUAGGGCAUCAACCAUCGACCGCUUCUGCGAGAAAUUUGGCCCGAAAGGCGUGAGGCGCUGUGCAGUUUGCCCGGCCUACGGCCUGGCUGAAAGUACCCUGAUCGUCACGGCCCGGAAAACCUUUCAGACGGUGCCCAAGUUGCUAAUCGUAGAUUCGUUUCAACUUCAGCACGAGAAGACGGUUGUUGCCCUAAAGCCAGAAGCAACAGUCACAAUGGAUUCCGAAGAAUACCAAGUUUUGGUUGGGUGUGGUGUUCCUCUAGAAGGCGUUCAAGUGAGAAUUGUAGAUCCGGAAACGAAAAAGGAACUGCCUCCGGGAAAGGUUGGCGAGAUCGUGGUCUACAGCAGCUCCGUAGCUCGUGGUUACUUUGGCAGGCCUGAUACCACAAAGGAAACCUUUUGCUACAGUUUCACGGAUCUCCAGGGGAAGCAGACGCCACCUCUCGGCAUGAGGACGGGAGACGGUGGCUUCAUGUACGAAGGCGAACUUUUUGUGGCUGCCCGGCUGAAAGAUUUGAUCAUUAUUCGAGGCCGCAAUUUCUAUCCACAAGAUAUCGAAGAGGCGGUCGAUAAGGUGGCGAUGGUCCGACCGGGUUCAUCUGCAGCGUUUGCCAUUGAAGUUGAUGGCCACGAGGCUCUUGCUGUGGCUGCCGAAGUUCGUUUGGAGGAGGGAAUCAAAGGCCUAUGGCUCCGAGUAAAACGGCAAUUUGAUAGAAGCCACUAUGAACAGAUUGUGAGAGACAUAUCGAAGUCUGUUGCGGCAAAUACGGGCCUUACAAUUCAUCGAAUAUGGCUUCUCCGUCCACGUACAAUACCGAAAACAAGUAGUGGGAAAGUCCGUAGAUCACUAACAAAAGAAAAGUUGGUAUCUGGUAAGCUCGAGGGUAUUCUUCUCGACCACGCUCACCAUCAGCAUCAAGCUUUCUACCAUGAUGGCCCCGGAGGCAGUCGCUCUCGAACUCGAACGGGCAGCGGAGCCACGCCCUCAGGAGGAGCAGCGACAAGAGACGGUACAGCCAGCUCUAAUCCUUCGGGCGACGCCCAUCCUAAGAACAGUAACACUUCGAAUUCGAUCACGGAUUCUUCCCACUCUGUGCAACGUGGAUCUUUGAGAGGCGACGCAUGUGUGGCGGGUGGAAGGCUCGGCCCGUCUGCCUCUCAUGGAGGGGUUCACCACGAAAAAGACCAUAAACAUCGAGGUGACGGCAGCGGCAUGAGUUCUCCUGACCAGGUGCCUGGGGCAGGCGCAGCAGCAUCCGAGUCGAGUGCACAUGUCGCUCUUACAGAGAAAGUAAAGCAGACAGUUUUCGAAGCAGCAAAGACUGUGCUCGGAAGCUCUGAGAUACCCGAAAUAGACGCUCCUCUACAUGAACUUGGUGUUGACUCAAUCGGCGCCGUAGAAUUCUCCGAACUGAUUUCUGCGGAACUUCAGGUCGACGUAGAACCGACGUUGCUAUUCAAUUAUCCAACCCUGUCAGAUGUUAUCGACUUUUUCGUGAGGGAGUUGGAAGGGAAAGGGUCCGAGGACUUGGCAGUUUCGCUGGAGAAGACAGGAGCCAGAGAAACGACGACUGCAAUCAUUGGAGCGGCCUGUAAUUUGCCCGGAGGAACCACGUCGCUGAAUGCUUUCUGGGACCUGCUCAUGUGCGGAGUCGACGCCAUUGCCGAAGUGCCUCGUUCGCGCUGGGACGUGGAGGAGUACUUCGACCCGGAUCCGGGUGCUGACGGCAAGGCAUACGUCCGUGAAGGAGGCUUCAUUGAAGAUGCAGAGAUGUUUGACGCCGCUUUCUUUCGAAUUUCUCCAUCAGAAGCAAAAUCGAUGGAUCCACAGCAGCGCCUUCUUCUAGAGGUUGCUUACGAGUCUCUCUACGAUAGCGGUUACACACGCGAAGGUUUGCAGCGGGCAAGCGUCGGUGUGUUUGUAGGGUGCUGCUCGAAUGACUGGUAUCAAGUGUGCAGUCAACUGGAGCUGGGGAUUAGCAGUUACACGACCACGAGUUAUGCCCCGUCGAUCAUUGCGAAUCGUCUGUCGUACACUUUUGGGCUCCUUGGUCCGUCUAUGACAAUCGACACUGCCUGCUCCUCGUCUCUCGUCGCACUGCACAUUGCGGCGCAGGAACUUCAGGGAGGCAGCUGCAUGUCGGCAGUCGUCGCUGGUGUCAAUCUGAUGCUGUCUCCCCACAUCACCGUGGCAUUCUGUAAAUCGCGUAUGCUGGCCCCCGAUGCUCGCUGCAAGACGUUCGACGCCAGCGCGAAUGGCUAUGUUCGCGGAGAAGGUCUCGGGUCGAUUGUCAUGAAGCGCCUGUCCCAGGCAGAGAAAGAUGACGACCGGAUCCUUUGCAUCCUGAGAGGCACCGCCGUCAACCAUGGAGGCCGGUCAGCAAGUCUGACGGCGCCUAGCGGACCAUCUCAGCAGCGUGUCAUCCGAACGGCCCUCAGACAGGCAGAGCUCACCCCGGGAGACAUAUACUUCGUUGAGACCCACGGCACGGGGACGUCUUUGGGAGAUCCCAUCGAAGUGGGGGCACUGAAGUCUGUCUUUGGUGCCAGCCGCGACGCCAAGACCAAGCCGCUGAUUCUCGGGGCUGCAAAAACGAAUAUCGGACACUUAGAAGGUGCUGCUGGUAUUGCAGGAGUUCUCAAAGCCAUGCUAGCCCUUCGGUACAAGCACAUUCCCCCCAACCUGCACUUCAAACAGAUGAAUCCACACAUUGACGUGAGAGAGUUCAACGUCGUUGUACCCACCGCUCCGAUGGCCUUCCCGAGGGAGGAUGGCGGCCGUCUGUUUGCUGGUGUGAGUUCGUUUGGUUUCGGAGGUGCCAAUGGCCAUGUCAUUCUCCAGGAAGCGUUGCAGCAACCCAGUGGAGACAAACCGCCCUGCAAACGCCACUCAAAGCGCAGUAUCAUCUGUUUCAUGUUCACCGGUGAAGGCUACGAGGUCUCUUGCAUGGGCCGGCACUUGUAUGAAACGGAUGACGUGUUCAAGGAAAUCAUCACCAAGUGCAACGAUAUUCUGAAGCGAUGGCUGAAUGUUUCUUUGCUGUCCAUCCUCUAUCCGCCGGCAGAUAAAAAAAUGGAGAUGGACAAGAUGAUGUGUCAAGCGCGUUUCGGUCAUACCGCCUUGUUCGCCUUCGAAUAUGCACUGGCUGAAUCCAUGGUCAGCAAAGGUGUGAAGCCAGAUGUUGUUUUUGGUGUGGGUCUCGGUGAGUUGGUGGCGGCAGCUUUCUCAGGAGUUAUGAGUCUUGAAGAGGCUCUCUACGUUGUGACGCAGCGCGCGAAGCUGAUCGACAAUCUCCCGCCGUUCGAGGGUGUCAUGGUCGCCUGCCGUGUCAGCGAGCAGGAGGUUGAAAUGGCCCUCUCGGAGAUGGAAAUUAACUCUCGCCAGUCCAUUUCUAUUGCUGCGGUGUAUGGACGGAAGAAUUUGAUUUUGUCUGGUGAGCAAUCGGAAAUCGACAAUGUCCUCAUGAAACUGAAUAUCGCCGGACGCUGGAAGUACCUGCCGGUGCACAACGUGCUCACAAUGAACCUUGUGUCAGAUAUCAUUCCACCCUUCACGCAUCUCAUGUCCACGGUGAAGCUCUGUCGUCCCAAAGUACGUUUGGUGAGUAGCACAACUGGAGAGUUCGUCGACAAGGAGGCUUUGUCUGGCCGCUUCUGGUCCCGGCAAGUUUCUCAAACCGUCCAGCUGCAGCAAGCCGUCGGAAACAUUGUCGCAUCUGGCUGCUCUUUGUUCGUCGAGAUCGGCCCUCAAGUUGUGCUGACAAAACUCGCCCAACAGAGCCUAAAUGGCAACGCAAAAGACGUUACAUGGGUACCCGCCUAUGACACAACAAGCGAUGAUGUUCGAGUUUUUGAGAAUGCCGUAAUGACGUGCAACGAAGCCAUCAAAAUCAUAGGCAAAGAGCGCAGCCUGGAAGAAGGUCAACAUGGCCAAGAAGAACUCAUUUUCCAUAGAAAACCCUUUCCCUGGACAGAGAUCCCACAUCCGUUCCUCAGCGGCCAUAAAUUCACGGAAAAAGAUGACGUUGUGUUUGAGAACGCCUUCCCUCGCCGAGCGAUUCCUCUGAUCGCUGACCACGCCGUGAACGGAACGGCUAUGAUGCCGGGAGCCGGCAUGCUUGAGAUGGUUGGCGCCGCCGCCCUUGCUCUCGAUCUCCGGACGACCUCCGGAGCCGUUUCCCUUGAAAAUAUCUCCUUUGAGCGACCCAUGCUUAUUGGAGCUCAUCGGGUCACCUACGAGUACAACAGAAGGCAUUCACUCGGCGAAGGAGGCGGCGCCGGCACGAGCCCUAGAACCGUCCGUACUCCACGCCUCGUGAACCACGCAUACACGCGCUUAGGUUUCCGAGAAAAGAGUGCGGAGAAGGCAAUCUCAGAAACAGCAGGGCCUGCCUCCACAGAGGGUGGCAGGACGCCAGUGGCGGGCCACCAUCACGGGAGCUACACGAAAGCCGGUGUCCUGGAAGACAUCAAAGACUACGCUCACAAUGUGCUUCGUCGCGCCGCCCAGCACGCCGAAGAGAUUGACGUUCACACUCCUGUGCCGCCAUCUAUGGCUCCUCCAAGCAUCGUUGCGAGACAUCCUAGAGAGGGAAGCUAUGGAUCCAUGAGUCGAACGAGCGGUAUUAUGGGGUCGAACGACCGCGGCGAUGGUCUGACUGUGCCCCUUAGCGUGGAGAUGGCGAUACGGUGUCGAGUGACAAAGAUGAAAGAGGUGGAACUGAGCACCGUCUGGGAUGAUGAGGUGACCGACCACUGUUUUGCGACGAUUGUCAUUGCCGACAAGAAACAAGAGACCUAUUCUUCGCUCCAGGAAGUGCGAUGCCGGUGCACAGAGCGCAUGGAUGUAAACGAGUACUACGAUAUGCUCUACGACGCUGGCCUGCAGUACGGCCCUCGCUUCCGAACGAUUCAAGAGCUGUACAGAGGGGAGAAAGAAGCUCUUGCGAGAGUCCAUUUCGUCGGGAACGUGAAGCAAGACCCGUUUGAAAGCGGAUUCCUCAUUCAUCCCGCUGUCCUAGAUGGUGCUCUUCAGGCAGCAGGCUGUCUUCUGGAACAGUCCCACAGCGGCAAUAAGGUGAUGGUACCGGUAUCUGUGGGUAGCGCGACACUGACGAAGGUCGAAGUGUUUCAGCCAUGCUGGGCUCAUGUCCGCCUGGAGGAGACAAAGUCAAAGGCAGCCACCCUCAACGUUACUAUUUACGAUGAAGUGACCAGGGAAGUUGUUGCUUCACUCCAGAAUGCGGUCCUCCGCCAAGUCGACCCGUCUGCAAGUGUGGUGGCAACGAUACCGAAAGAUCUGCUGUGGAAAGUGAAUUGGCAGUUGGUUGUCGAAGGCGACAAGGAGGUCGUCGGCCGGACACCGAAGGUGCUGUUUAUCGGUGGCAACAUUGAGCUUUCAGAAGCCCUGGAAAACGCCAUGGGAUCCACCUGCAAGACUCUGAGUGUGGAUGCGCUUCCGAGAGAAAAGGCGGAACUGCAGAAGGUCUUGGAUGCCGAACAGUGGCAGGCAAUAGUUUAUGUUGAGGCCGUCACUGCGGGAGUGUACGACGCCCUGGAUGUGAUGAAUGCAGCUGUGCGUCUCGUCCAAGCACACUACCUCAAUCUCAACAGCGGCAAAGCUGUCGGGGCGCUCUGGUUCGUGACACGGGACACCGUCUUCCGCGAUAAUGGCGCAGACAAACCAGGAGUUGAGAUUCCCGCGCACGCAGGCCUCUGGGGUUUGGCAAAAGCGGCAAGACUAGAGAUGGAAGUAUCUGCAGGCUCGCCCAUCAGCAUGGGCUGCCUCGACGUCUCUGGUGCCGAUGUCUCCUCUAUGGCUCAACAGAUCCUACAUGCCUUGAAGUCGAAGGUGCUCACCAUGCGCGAAACUGAGGUGGCGGUUCGGGAGGACGGUCUGUAUGUGUCUCGCCUUGCGCCUCAGACCGAAGUGGAUGUGCGAGGCGCCAUCGAGUUCCACAUGCCAGAACGGGGAGCUAUUUCGAAUCUGGUGUUGCGACCCCAGGCGUUCGCUUCCCGCCUGCCGCCUGAAGACGGCCAGAUUGAAUUGCGCGUCCGUGCUGUCGGCCUGAACUUCCGCGAUGUCCUCAACGUCAUGGGACUUUAUCCGGGGGACCCCGGUCCGCCAGGCGCAGACUGCGCGGGCGUGGUUGUGGCUGUUGGUGACAACGUUGAGCACAUCGAAGUCGGAGACUGUGUCUUCGGUGUUGCCCAAGGUUGUCUUCGAACUUACGUUACUACGGACUCCCAGCUUCUGCGCAGAAUGCCGGAAUCGAUGACUUUCGAACAGGCAGCAGCACUGCCUGUCGUCGCGACCACAGUUGAGUAUGCGUUGCAUGACUUAGCCAAGGUGAAGGCUGGAGACAAGGUCCUCAUUCACGCUGUCACGGGAGGAGUCGGUCUCGUGGCGGUGCAGUUAUGCAAGCGCGUCGGCGCCACUGUUUACGGUACGUGCAGUGGAGGGAAGAAGGACGCGUUUGCCAAGUCCAUGGGGGUCCAGUACGUUUCCAGCAGUCGUGAUGCGAAGGCGUUUGCCGAGGACAUGCGCACCUUCUUAGGCGAGGACGGCAAAGUCGACGUCGUCCUCAACUGUCUCAUUGACGACUUCAUUCCAGAGUCGCUGAAACUCCUUGGGCCGUACGGCAGGUUCAUGGAACUGGGGAAACGCGGCGUGUGGUCGAAGGAAAAGGUGGCUGCCGAGCGCCCAGAUGUCCAGUACGAGUUGAUUGCAGUGGAUGAAAUGAUGGAGAAGGACCCGAUUUGGUUCGGUGGAAUGCUUGUGCGCGUUCGAGGACUCGUGGCAGAACAAAAGAUUCAACCGUUGCCCAUGCAUGUCUUCGAUUUGGCAGACACCGGUGAGAACGGAGGCGUCGCCGCUUUCCGAUUCAUGCAGCGGGCCCAGCACAUGGGUAAAGUUGUUCUCAAGAUCCCCAGUCCUGUGGAAGAAGCGUCGAAAAACGGCUCUAUUGUGAUCACGGGUGGCCUAGGCGCCCUCGGCAUGGUCGUCGCUGGCUGGUUGGCUGAAGAAGGAGCGAGACACAUCUGCCUCCUGUCGCGGCGGGAAGAGGCUCCCCAGCCCGGAGAGAUCCCCGGCUGGGACUGGCUGCGCACGAUCAACUGCGAUGUCCAGUUCUUCAGCUGCGACGUGUCAAAGUACGACAGCAUCCGCUCCGUCUUGAGGACUAUCCAGACGAGUGUGGCUCCUAUAACCGGCAUCAUCCACACAGCGGGGGCACUCGCUGACGCGCUCCUCGACAGCCAGACACCGGAGUUGAUGAAGAAGGUGUACAAUGGGAAAGUCCAAGGGGCGUGGAACUUGAACCGGGCGUUGGAGGAAUUAGGUUUGAAUGAACAGUUGAAACUUUGUGUCUUCUUCUCCUCAGUUACUUCUCUGUUUGGGAACUUUGGCCAGGCGAACUACUGUUCGGCAAACGCCUGCCUCGACGCCCUCGCCCAGUGGCGCCGCGCAAAGGGUCUCUGUUGUCAGAGCAUUCAGUGGGGCCCUUGGAUCGAGCAGGGUAUGGCGGCAGAGCUCAAGCAGCAGGUGGAAAGGAACGGCAUGAAAGGCAUCAGCAAUGAAGUGGGACUGAGAGUGUUGCACGACGCCAUCCGCCAGCAAGAGAAAGCCACUCCAGUCAUUGGGUGUCAGGCAAUCAAGUGGAAGCUGUUCAUGCACCGAUACAUUGAACAACCUCCGUUCUUCACAAACAUUGAGAUGGACCUCCAGGUGACUUCGCAUGACUCAAAUACCGUCCUACGUAAUCUACCUCCGUCGGAACGGCGCGACUACAUCAAGGCCCAAGUUGCUGCGGCAGCUCGCCAGGUGCUUGGAAGUAGCUCCCCACCGCCCUUCGACACGCCUCUUCAGGAUGUUGGAGUCGAUUCACUGGGCGCUGUCGAGUUUCGGAAUGUGCUGUCCAAGAAACUCGGGGUCAAAUUGUCGGCGACAACACUCUUCGACUAUCCCACGCUUAAUGCAAUCAUCGACCACCUCUGCGAGGUAUUUGGCGAAAGCAGCCAGAAAGACAAUCUCUCAACCAAGUUGGGAGCGCUCUCUGAAAACGACCUCGUCCAAGAGGGCAUGGCAAUAGUUUCUAUGUCUUGCCGACUUCCAGGCAAUUCCACUUGCCCCGAUCUUUUCUGGGAUAUGUUAAUGCGCUGCACGGACUGUGUGUGCGACAUUCCCUUGACGCGGUGGAACGCCGAGGAGGUGUAUAGCGAAGAUCCAGAUCUCCCCGGCAAGUGCUACACGCGUCGAGGCGCCUUCAUUGAGAACGCAGAAUACUUUGACAAUUCGUUUUUCGGUAUCUCUCCCUCCGAGGUCAAGCACAUGGAUCCGCAGCAGAGGCUACUUCUCGAAGUCGCUUAUGAAGCUUUUGCGGGUGCAGGAUUGACGAAGGAGAAGCUUCUUGGGGCGAACAUUGGUGUCUUCGUUGGGGCAUGCAACCACGACUGGACGUAUUUGAUCCAAGAAGACAAAAUAUCCGCAUACACGGGAACUGGAUCAGCGGGAAGUGUGAUCGCGAAUCGUGUCUCCUACUGCUUGGGAUUGAGGGGCCCUUCUGUCCCUGUCGACACGGCGUGUUCUUCCUCUCUGGUUGCUGCGGACUUCGCGUUCGAAAAGCUCAUGCUGCGAGACUGCACCAUGGCCCUUGUGACGGGCGUCAACCUCAUGCUGACUCCGCACUUGUUCAUUGCCUUUUCGAAGGCCCGGAUGUUGUCCCCCGACUGCAAAUGCAAAACCUUUGACGCUUCCGCCGACGGGUACGUCCGCGGGGAAGGAGCAGGUGCAGUGUUGAUGCUUCCAUACGCCGAUGCGAAGGCAAAGCAAAUGACUAUCCAAGCUGUGGUGAAAGGCACUGCAUGCAACCACGUGGGAAGAAGCGCGAGCUUGACUGCGCCGAACGGCCCGAGCCAGGCAGAAGUCAUUCGCAUGGCACUCCGGCGUGCUGGGAUGAAGCCGAACGAUUUGAAAUUCAUGGAGAGUCACGGGACCGGAACGUCUCUUGGAGAUCCGAUUGAGGUGAACGCCGUGCGCACUGUAUUCGCACCUGGCCGCGAAAAAACGAAGCCUCUGCUGAUUGGCGCCGUGAAAACCAAUAUUGGGCACUUGGAGGGGUCUUCUGGAAUUGCUGGACUGAUCAAGGCUUGCUUGGUCCUCAGCCGCCGCGAGAUUCCACCCAACCUCCAUUUCAAGACGCUGAACCCACACAUCAACAUCGAGGACUUCCCUGUGCAGUUUGUCACAGACUUUGUCUCUCUCGACUCCGUCGAGUCCACGCGAAAGAAGAACACCGCCGGUGUCAGUUCCUUUGGCUUCGGAGGCGUGAACGCCCACGUGCUCCUCGAGGAAGCAACGCGCGACCAGAAUGCGACUCGCAAGGAGGAAAACCGACCCAAAAUCUGUUUCAUGUUCACCGGACAGGGGUCGCAGUACGUCGGUAUGGGUCGGCACCUAUAUGAGAAGGAGCCUGUGUUCAGAGAGGCGAUUACUCGCUGUGUGGAGAUUGCCAAGGAGUAUCUGCCACUGCCUCUCCUGAGCGUCAUCUAUCCCUCUCCGGAUGAAAGGGAUAAGAUGCAAGAGGCCAUCAACGAAACCCUUUACUCGCAGCCUGCAGUGUUUGUGAUCAGCUACGCGCUCUUGGAGCUGUGGAAGUCACGAGGUGUGGAGCCGGACAUGGUCAUGGGUCACAGUCUUGGCGAGUACAUUGCGGCCGUUUGCUCAGGCGUCAUCUCCAUCCAAGAUGGCUUGAAACUAGUCCUCAAGCGCGCCCAAAUCAUGAGCCGCGCACCGUCGCGCAACGGAGUGAUGGUCGCCUGCCGCGCAACUGCGGAGCAAGUGGAAGAGGCGAUCCACACGCUGUUCGGGGACGGCGAGAAGAAUGUCGCAUUGGCGUCAGUGAACGGUCUGAAGAGCGUAAUUGUGUCUGGGAAUCAGCAAGACGUCCAGGCCGUGCUGAGGCAGCUCGGCGCUGCUUCUCGGGCCAAGAUGCUUCGCGUCUCUCACGCCUUCCAUUCGCCGCUCGUGAAGGACACUGUCGCCCCAUUCAAGCGCGUCCUGGAGACGGUUCGCCUCAGCAAGCCUCGAGUCAUGUUUGUCAGCACCGUCACUGGAAAGGUGGCGAGAGAUGAGUUACAAAAUACGAACUACUGGGCCGAGCACAUCACAAAAGUUGUCCGGUUCUGUGACGCCGUCCAGGCGUGCAUUGCACAAGGAGCAAAGAUUAUGGUGGAAGUGGGUCCGCGCCCUACGCUGUCGAACAUGGGCAAGGGCUGUCUUCCACAGACGACUGCAGACGAAGUUCAGUGGAUCAACUCGCUGGAGCCGGAGACGCUGUCGAGCGCUGUCUUCGACUCUCUCUCCGCGCUCGCCAAGGCCGGAAGCGGCGCCAUGCCUGCUGUGUUUGACCGGAAAUUCUUUCCGUGGACAGAGACAUGCCACCCGCUCCUGGGUGGGAAGAAUACCCGACCGGACGGCUCUGUCGUCUAUUCGGCCCUCCUGCGAGACUUGGUUAAGGCACUGUUCCUCGACCACGUGGUGUACGGCAAGGCGUUGCUGCCGGCGACGUGCUUGAUCGAAAUGAUGGCUUCAGCCACCACGCACAUGAUUUCGAACCACGACGAAGAGAAGCUCGUGGCCCUGUCUCAGGUCGUUUUCGAGAAGCCUCUGCUCGUGCCCGACGAGACGUCCCUCAGCGUGCUGGUGACUGUCGAAACACGCGGCCAAGUGCGGGUUGCCAGUCAAGUUUCCAACAGCGAAGAGGAGGCGGAGGACCACGCCGUUUGCCAAGUGAACAUCGUUGACGCACUGCCAGCGGCUCCGGCGUUGACGGAGAUCCGUGCACGCUGCAAAACCGAGAUCGAGGCGAGUCAGCUGUAUGCGCAGCUCCACAACGUCGGUCUACAGUAUGGGCCCCGUUUCCAGACGAUCGUGAAGGUCUUCAAGGGGGAAGACGAAGUUCUCGGUCUCCUGCAAGCUCAGAAUGUGACCAACUUUGAGACGGGGUUCAUGAUGCAUCCCGCCGUUCUUGACGGUGCGCUGCAGCUCUCAGCUGUCCUGGCUUUCGAGAAGGGCAGCUCCAGGGCAAUGGUUCCUUUCGGCGUCGACACUGUCCUCCUCAAGAGUUGCCCGCCUGACAAGGAGCUCUGGGCGCGCGUGGUAAUGAACAGAAAAGGCGUCUCAUCGGCGUCAGCCACUGUCCACCUCUACGACUUCGACGGCGAACCGAUUGCUGUUCUGAUGGGCGUUACGCUUCGGCCGAUCGAAUUUAACACGGCCGCAGAUAUCCCCCGUGAGCUUCUCUGGGAGGUCGAGUGGGAAUCUGCCGGGUCCUACUCGAUGCCGCAAGACGGCUCGUUAGCGACGCCUUCUGGAACAGAUGACUCUGGUGCAGAAGACGUGACUCGAACACCCAGUCCCCUGGUCACUGGCGAGAACGAGAACACGCCAUCGAGAGAGGUCCCGUCUGCUCUGCCUGGGUUGUCCACGGAGACGCCCAGAGCGUCUAAGCCUUUAUCGACUGACGAGACUUCUGGUGCCGUCCUGAACAAGUCCGUGCACAGUGUCCUUCUGGUCGACUACGCCGGUGGCCACCGCGAGGUCGUCGCCUCGAUUCGGGACACCUGCGACGUCGAGGUGGAGGUUCUGAGCAAGCCAGGGAGUCCCGAACUAUACGCCCAGCAGCUGCGCCAGUUCGCUGAGGUGGUAGCCACAAAAACGGAGACGGUGCCCCUGUCAACGAUCCUCUUCCUGGCCCUCGAUGAGGCAACACCGGCCGAGCAGCUUGCAGGAGGCCUGCUGGAAACAGUCAAAGUUUUCGCCGUUGAGAAGUUCAAAAAGCUUCCUUGCAUUUGGGUGCUCACCUCGGGCGCUCAGGGUCCCACGCGAAGCGUCGUUUCCCCCAAGCAUGCAGGGCUUUGGGGUCUGAUGCGCACGGUGCGACUCGAGUUGGAGAUGCAGAUCGGAAAGAUGGUCCGGUUCGGUUGCGUCGAUUUGGACAAAAAUCUAGAAGUCAGUGUCGCGCUCCACUUCAUUCUGCAGAAGCGAACAGAAGAGCCGUUUGAGGCUGAGAUGAUUCUCAGGUGCCCGUCUGAGGACUCCGAAAAGGAACCGGGAACCGCUGAGGUUGUCAACAGGAGAGAGCGCAGCGCCAGCUUUGUCUCUGUUGGUCCCGAGCCUGUGGUUCCAAGUACCACCGACGCUUCUGCCAAGUCCAGUGUGACGUCGGAUAGGAUGGCUCUUACACCUGGGGCGCUGUCGUGUUUCGACGAAACCGCGAAUUCGACAGAGAAGCUGAUCUUCAAUGCCUUCUGCCCUCGCCUGCACCGCUCACCCAUUCCAGUCAGAGGUGCCGUCGAACUGCACAUGCCGGAGCGGGGAGCUAUCUCGAACCUAGUCCUCCGGCCACAAGCCUUCGCGAGCAGGACAGCGCCGCAGAGCCACGAGUGCGAGAUCCGCGUCAGAGCGAUCGGCCUGAACUUCAGAGACGUCCUGAACGUGAUGGGGCUCUACCCUGGGGACCCUGGUCCCCCCGGCGCUGACUGCGCUGGUACAGUCGUGGCAGUGGGGAGCGGCGUGAGGCACCUUAAGGUGGGCGACUCUGUUUACGGCAUUGCUCAGGGUUGCCUUCGCACGUACGUGACAACGAACGGCAACUUGAUGCGUCGAAUGCCGGAAUCGCUGACUUUCGAGCAGUCGGCUGCCUUGCCUGUAGUCGCGGCAACUGUUGAAUAUGCUCUGCACGACUUAGCCAAAGUCAAAGAGGGAGACAAAGUUCUUAUCCAUGCAGUCACCGGUGGCGUUGGCCUCGCUGCCUUGCAAUUCUGCAAGCGGGUGGGUGCGACAGUCUACGGCACAUGCAGCGGAGGGAAGAAGGCCGCAUACGCAAAGUCUCUGGGAGUGAAGUACUUGACGAGCAGCCGCGAUGCGAGCGCCUUCGCGGAAGACAUGCGCGAGUUCCUCGGGGAGGAAGAAAAAAUCGAUGUCGUACUCAACUCGCUUAUUGAUAACUUCAUCCCUGAGUCCGUCAAGCUGCUGGCCCCAGGUGGCCGCUUCAUGGAACUCGGCAAACGCGGAAUCUGGACCAAGGCACAGAUGGCUGCCGAGCGCCCUGAUGUGUACUAUGAAACAAUUGCUGUGGACACAAUGAUGCAAGAGGAUACUGUGUGGUUUGGAGGAAUGCUCGAUCGCAUUCGUGACCAUGUUGACAGUGGGAACAUUCCGCCUUUGCCUCUGCAUGUCUUCGAGAUGACUGAUCCUCUAGCCGGCGGCGUGGCUGCCUUCCGAUUCAUGCAGCGCGCCCAGCAUAUCGGAAAGGUUGUCAUCCGCAUUGCGAGUGACCUUGAGGUGAAGAUUCCUUCGACCACCGAACCUGCUGCCACAGAGACCGCUAUGCUUGCGGAGGCGGGCACCCAAGGCAAUGCGUCAAUCGGUACUUCUACACAACAAAUUGCCGACAGAACAUAUUUGAUCACUGGUGGCAUGGGAGGCUUGGGUCUGGUUGUUGCACAGUGGCUGGUCGAGGAAGGUGCCAGGCAUAUUGUUCUGCUGUCCCGGAGAGGCGAGCCAUCUGACACAGUGAAACAGAGCUCGAUAUGGGAGUACCUGACGGAGAAGGAACGAACUUGUGUGUCGGUGUUGCCCCUCAAGUGCGACGUGUCCGUCAAGGACGACAUUGUCAGCGCAGUAAAGGAGAUCGAGGCCCGCGGCUUCCCGCCCAUUCGAGGUAUCUUCCACGCAGCCGGUGUCACAGCAGAUGCUUCUUUGGCGAACCAAACGCGCGAGGCCAUCGAGCAAGUGUACCUGCCCAAGGUGACAGGUGCUUGGAACCUCCACGAGGUCUGUGAGUCUAUGGGGUUGGACAAGAAUCUUGACAUGUUCGUCAUGUUUUCCUCUGUCGCGGCACUGUUGGGGAACUUUGGUCAGGCGAACUACUCGGCGGCGAAUGCUUGCCUGGACGCUUUGGCGGAGUACCGCCGGGCUCGCGGCCUCUGCGCACAAAGCAUUCAAUGGGGUCCAUGGAUAGAGCAGGGUAUGGCAGCGGACCUCCGGCAAGCUCUCGACAAAGUCGGCAUGCGAGGGAUUAGUAACGAACUGGGAACGCGCGUUCUCAGCGAGGUAGUUCGCAACCCGCGUCGAGCAACCACAGUUCUCUGCCAGUCGGUCAUCUGGAAGAAGUUCCUUCAAAGGUACGAACGCGUGCCGCCUCUAUUUAAAAACACACGGGCCGGACAGGGCGCAACUGCGGACUCGAGCCUAAUGCUGCGAACGAUGACAGCAGAAGAAAGGCGAGCGUACGUGGAGAAAACUGUCCGGGAGGUGGUCAAGCAGGCUCUGGGGCUGGCGGACUCGCCACCAAUGGAUUUGCCAAUGCAAGAGCUGGGAAUCGACUCCAUAGGCGCAGUCGAGCUGCGCAACGCCCUCUCAAGCCGCCUCGGUGUAAAAAUGCCCGCGACGGCUAUGUUCGACUAUCCCACAUUGGAUGCGAUGGUCGAUUACAUCAAUUCAACGCUUGCGGAACAGUGCGCGGGUACCGAGCAAGAUGUGAGUGCGGAGACCCAGAUGAAUUUGGUUCCCCAAAUCAUGCACAGACUUGAAGGGAACAUCGCAGUGACAAGUGUCGCUGUCCACCUUCCUGGAAGCGUCCACAACGCUGAAGAGUUCUGGGAUAUGAUGCAUCAAAUGCGAGAUUGCAUCACGGAGGUGCCUUUGACCCGAUGGAACAUGUAUACUUUCUUUGACCCCGAUCCGGACACACUGGACACGUCUUACGCCAAACUCGGAGGCUUCAUUGAAGAUGCCGACAUGUUCGACAACACCUGUUUCAACAUUAGCCCUGCGGAAGUGCGCGUUAUGGAUCCUCAACAGCGUAUCAUUUUAGAAGUUGCAUAUGAGGCCAUGGUCAGUGCCGGAUACACCAGCAGUGGCCAAGCUAGCCAGCAGUCCAUAGGUUGCUUCAUUGGUUGCUGCAAUGCUGACUGGCAUAUGCUUGACGUGCCAUCGGGGCCCUUCACAGGGACGGGGAGCUCAACCUCAAUCAUCUCCAACCGCAUUUCGUAUACCCUAGGUCUCCGCGGCCCUUCUUUGACUGUCGACACGGCUUGCUCCUCGUCGCUAGUGGCUAUGGACAACGCCAUGUGCAAAAUCAUUGAGGGAUCUUGCUCGGCGGCUCUCGUCGGAGGUGUGAACCUCAUGCUUUCUCCCCAUCUCUUCAUCUGCUUCAGCAAAGCUCGGAUGCUGUCUCCCGACUGUCGUUGCCGAACAUUCGAUCACCGGGCAAAUGGGUAUGCUCGAGGAGAAGGCGCGGGUGCUGUCUUUUUGAAGCCACUGCAAGCCGCACGGAAAGACGACAGCACAAUCCUUGCUGUCGUGCGAGGGUCCGCCAUCAACCACGACGGCCGCAGUGCAAGCCUGACUGCGCCAAAUGGUCCAGCUCAACAGGCUGUCAUCCGGGCGGCCCUACAGAGUGGAGGUGUUAAACCUGCCGACAUUACCGUACUCGAGUCCCAUGGCACAGGUACACAGCUCGGAGACCCUAUCGAGGUCGGUGCGAUCAAGGCGGUGUUUAUGCACCACCGCGGCGCAGACAACCCCAUAUAUAUCGGAGCACUCAAGACAAACAUUGGCCACCUUGAAGGUGCAGCAGGCAUAGCCUCAUUUAUCAAGUUGGUGUUGUGUCUGCGUCGUCGUGAGCUUCCGGCCAACCUGCAUUUCCAGCAGCUAAAUCCGCACAUCGACAUGACGGACUUCUCUGCGGUUUUCCCCAAGGCCACUGUAGAUCUGCCUGUGACUCGUAAAUUGUUCGCUGGUGUUAGCUCGUUCGGUUUCGGUGGCGCAAAUGCGCAUGUAGUGAUCGAGGAACACUUUGAGCUUUCCAAUGCGGCGGAGGCGCCGCAGAAGCAGACGGCACCUGUGAAGAGGGAACGGCGAUCGUUCCCGUGGUAUCAGGCUUUUCAUCCGAUGUUGGGGCACGAAACGAAGACCGAGGUGGAUGAGAGGAAAAUCGACAUGGAGAUCAGGCGCGACGUCUUUGACCUUCUGGCGCAGCACAUGGUUGAAGGCAGACCUGUGAUGCCAGCGGCAUGCUAUCUUGAAACGCUGACUUCGGCCGCAUGCACCAGCGAGUUUUUACACCCUUGCUCACGCAAGAUGCUUCGUCCCAAUCACCACGCAGCGGUCACGCUGGAAGACAUUGAAUUCCAGCGUCCCAUGAUCCUCGAGGCUCCGGAGGGCCACGGCCACCAGAUCUUUCAGAUUCUAACAGCGAGUCUGGGUCCGAACGGAAACGCCUCGAUUUCGAGCUUAAAGACGGGCGACGAGGAGCAAUUCAUCCACGCGACUUGCCGACUGUCCAGUGUGAAUGACACUACGGCAUUCACGCGCACACCUGAGGAGAACCUGAAAUUCCUAGAUGAAGAUACAAACCGUGUUCCCGUAGACGUGGGAGAGAUGUACGAGAAACUGUGGAAGAAUGGGUUGAUGCUCGGACCCCAAUUCCGCACCAUUCAUUCGAUCGAAUGCAGUCCAAGGACAGCCAAGGUGAAGCUGCAACUGCCCCAGACUCCUACGUCCUGUGAACUUGGUUUCCGCAUGCACCCGUGUGUUCUGGACGGAACGUUUCAAACCGUUGGACCGCUCGUCUUGGCACACGACGAACAAGCCCGGAAAGACGGCUCUUCGAGCAACGUUGGAACUAUGAAGCUGAUGAUCCCCUUCAUGAUCCAGCGUAUCACGUUGACGUCUAUGCACGGAGUCUCAAAUGCCCUCUGGGCCCACGUUGCUCUGGUGAAGCGUGAGUCAAACCAGGCAAUUGUGAACAUCGACAUCAUGUCGAUGACCGGAGAGCCAGUUUGCUGUCUGAAAGAGCUGACGAUGCGGCGCCUCGACCCAGUCCCUGUUGCAGAAAUUCCCCGAGAACUGACGUGGACGGUUGACUGGGAAGAGGGCCAGAAUGUGGACCCAGUCCCUGCAAACGCAGUCGAGGUUGUGGCUAUCGACCCCCUGGGGAUGCAGCACACCGUGAUCAAAGAGCUUAAACAGAAGGGUUUCGCUUCAGUACAGGUGUUUGAGCGCGAUUCCUCUGUCGAGGAAGUUCUUCGCGUCCUUCGCAUCUCGUCAUCUGGAGAUUCGCCGACCUCGCUCACCCCCGCGUCGGCUGCAGCCGGUGAAGCAGCCAAAUCGACCUCCCUGCCGCACAGAGUCGUGCUUUUCCUUGGCACAGGCGGCGCAAACGACGCCAUCGAGGCACUCGACUGCUUGCUUCAGCUGUCGUCUGGCUUAGAGAAAGCUGCCAAGGAAGAUCGGCAACAGGAGUUCUACCCGAUAUGGAUUCUCACCAAAGGCUCACAAAGCCACCGCGACAAAGGUCGGGUCUCCAACCCCGUCCACGCGGGUCUCUGGGGUUUCGCACGUACAGCACGACUCGAGAUCUCCGCUCAAACAAGCAAAGAAGCGAGCAUUGGGUGUGUUGAUCUCGGCCCCGAGUGUCGUGUGGCUGAUGUCGUGCAGCACCUCGCGGCAAUUCAAAGUCAAGAGAAGUAUGAGAGAGAAAUUCUGUUCGACGAAGUUGAAGAAGUGGAAGACCAGAAACGUGAGAAGGGUAAGCCCCCCUCCGGUUCGAAGCGCCUGAAACACUUUGUUUCUCGCCUCGCACGCUCACCUUUGAACGUCAGAGGGGCUCUGGAGCUCCACAUGUCCGAUCGUGGGUCGAUCACCAACCUAACUCUCAGACCCCAAUCCUACGCUGCCAGAGUUACGCCAAAGGGGGAUAUGGUCGAGCUGCGCGUCCGAGCUGUCGGCCUGAACUUCCGUGAUGUCCUUAAUGUGAUGAAUCUCUACCCUGGAGAUCCGGGUCCACCAGGAUCUGACUGCGCUGGGACAGUCGUGGCAGUGGGCGAUCGCGUGAAGCACUUGAAGGUCGGCGAUUCUGUCUAUGGGGUCGCGCCCGGGUGUCUGAAGACGUACGUCACGACCAACUCCCAAAUCAUACGGAAGAUGCCUGCCUCCAUGUCUUUCGAAGAAGCGGCAGCGCUGCCGGUCGUUGCGACGACAGUUGAGUACGUGCUCAACGACCUUGCGAAGGUCAGGGCUGGGGAAAAGGUGUUAAUCCACGCAGUUUCCGGAGGCGUGGGCAUCGCCGCUGUACAGUUCUGCAAGCGUGUCGGCGCCGUGGUCUACGGUACGUGCAGCAGUGAGAAAAAGAGGGAAUUUGUGGAGUCUCUUGGAGUCAAAUACGUGGCGAGCAGUCGCGAUCCCGAGAAGUUCACGGCAGAAAUGAAAACGUUUCUGGGAGAGGAAGGCAGAGUAGAUGUCGUCCUCAACUCCCUGAUUGACAAGUUUAUUCCUGCAUCGCUUGCCCUUCUCGGAAAAGACGGUCGCUUCAUUGAACUCGGCAAACGAGGCAUAUGGACCCACGAGCAAAUGCGGGCGCAGCGCCCAGAUGUAUACUACGAAGCCGUUGCCAUUGACGUUAUGAUAAGCGAAAAUCCUCGCUGGUUUGGCAUCAUGCUCGACCGCGUCCGUACGCUUGUCGAACGCAAGCAACUUCUCUCCCUGCCGCUUACCGUCUUCAACAUGAAUGACCCGAAUGAGGGCGGCGUCGCAGCUUUCCGGUUCAUGCAGAAGGCCCAACAUGUCGGGAAAGUCGUUGUCGCUAUUCCCAGCGCUCUGGACUUUGAACGAAGCACCGUCGGCCCUCCCACGACACCGCAGAAGACUUACGUGAUCACUGGUGGCAUGGGAGGCUUGGGUCUGGUUGUUGCACAGUGGCUGGUCGAGGAAGGUGCCAGGCAUAUUGUUCUGCUGUCCCGGAGAGGCGAGCCAUCUGACACAGUGAAACAGAGCUCGAUAUGGGAGUACCUGACGGAGAAGGAACGAACUUGUGUGUCGGUGUUGCCCCUCAAGUGCGACGUGUCCGUCAAGGACGACAUUGUCAGCGCAGUAAAGGAGAUCGAGGCCCGCGGCUUCCCGCCCAUUCGAGGUAUCUUCCACGCAGCCGGUGUCACAGCAGAUGCUUCUUUGGCGAACCAAACGCGCGAGGCCAUCGAGCAAGUGUACCUGCCCAAGGUGACAGGUGCUUGGAACCUCCACGAGGUCUGUGAGUCUAUGGGGUUGGACAAGAAUCUUGACAUGUUCGUCAUGUUUUCCUCUGUCGCGGCACUGUUGGGGAACUUUGGUCAGGCGAACUACUCGGCGGCGAAUGCUUGCCUGGACGCUUUGGCGGAGUACCGCCGGGCUCGCGGCCUCUGCGCACAAAGCAUUCAAUGGGGUCCAUGGAUAGAGCAGGGUAUGGCUGCAGACUUGAAAGCCUUGGCAGAGAAGGCAGGACUUCGGGGCAUUUCCAACGAACUUGGCAUUAGGGUGUUGGUGGAAGCCGUACGCAACUCGAAGACGGUGGUGACCUUCCUAGCCCAGUCGUUCAUCUGGAAGAGGUUCGUGCAGCGCUUCGAUGUCGUACCACCGUUCUUUAGCAACAUCGAAUUCGAAACCGCCUCGCCAGGUGCUUUCAGAGUGCUGUAUAGCUCAAUGACACCUGACGAGCUCCACACCUACGUCUCGAAUGUCGUUCUGGACACGGCGCGGCAGGUUCUGGGAACAAGUGAACUUCCCGCUUUAGAUUCACCGUUGCAGGAGUUAGGUAUCGAUUCUCUAGGGGCUGUGGAGUUGCGAAACUCUCUCUCACAGCGCCUCGGCGUCAAGCUCUCCGCAACCACCCUCUUCGACUACCCCACUAUCCGAGCCAUCAUCGACUAUAUAGUCAACCAGGUGUCCGGAGAAGCGUCUGCCGCAAAAGCGACGAGUGGUGCUCUCGUAUCCGCCGGUCUUGCAGCGGGAAGGAACAGUCCCAUCGCCGUUGUUGGCUACUCUUGCCGACUUCCUCAGGGCAGCGAGACUCCAGACAAACUGUGGGAGAUGCUCAGAAGGGCCCAAGAUUGUGUAGUGGAAGUCCCGUUGACACGCUUCGAUGUUGACAUGUUCUACGACUCCGAUAUAGAUGCGAAGGGGAAGAUGUAUGUGAGGAAGGCAUGUUUCAUGGACGACGCGGACAUGUUUGACAAUUCCUUCUUCAACAUCUCAGCCGCAGAGGUCACCUACAUGGAUCCACAGCAGCGUGUUAUGCUUGAAGUUGCCUACGACGCCUUCUACAGCGCAGCGUACUCCCGGGAGCACCUCAUCGGAAAGAACUACGGAGUCUGGAUAGGCUGUUGCAAUUCGGAUUGGCAUUUUCUGGAACAGCAAAGCAAUCCAGAUAAAAGCAGCAGUUACUCGGGUCCUGGUGGGUCAGGUUGCCUGGUUUCCAACCGUCUCUCAUACGUUUUUGGCCUGAAAGGUCCCAGCAUGACAAUCGACACGGCUUGCUCGUCUUCCCUUGUCGCCGCGGAUUGCGGCGCGCAAGCUAUGCGGUUCGGGUACUGUGAUGGAGCCUUAAUCGGUGGUGUCAAUCUCAUGCUUUCCCCUCAGCUCUUUCUUGCCUUCUGCAAGGCCCGCAUGCUGUCUCCAGAUUGCCGCUGUGCAACGUUCGACGAAAAAGCAAAUGGCUACGUGCGUGGAGAGGGUGCAGGUGCGAUUAUGCUCCGUCACCUGGCCGAUGCCCAACGAGAAGGCAAGCGCAUUCUUGGAAUCGUCAGAGGUACUGCUGUCAAUCACGAUGGCCGCAGUGCAAGUCUCACAGCGCCCAACGGUCCUGCGCAGCAAGACGUCAUUCGCAGCGCACUUCAGAUUGGAGGCGUGGAUCCUCUGGAUGUCGCUUUAGUUGAAUCUCAUGGAACAGGCACGGCUCUUGGAGAUCCCAUCGAGAUGGGGGCCAUCAAAGCUGUUUAUGGAGCUGGGCGAUCAGCCGACAGUCCAUUGGUCGUUGGUGCGCUCAAGUCAUACAUUGGGCACUUGGAAGGAAGCUCAGGAAUUGCUGGAAUUCUGAAGGUACUUCUGUGUCUACGCCAUCAUGAGGUGCCUCCGAAUCUUCAUUUCGACACACCAAACCCCCACAUGGACCUUUCGGAUUUCCACGUGGUGCUCCCGAAGAAACAAAUGAAACUCCAGCCGGCCCAAAAGAGUUCCACGAUCCUCGGAUCUGUCAGUUCCUUUGGGUUCGGAGGAGCCAACGCCCACGUAGUCUUCGAAGAGUAUCCCGAACCGACCAUGGCGACGGACGUUGGCGGCGAACGUCGAUCGACAGAAGCGGCAGAGUCAGCCGGGAAGAAGCGUCUUGCCUUUCUUUUCACUGGACAGGGGUCACAGUAUCCUAAUAUGUGCAAACAGCUGUACGAGGAGGAGCCAGUGUUCCGCUCACACAUGGACGCAUGCUUCACUGUUUUGGAAGGCAAACUCGACGUGAAGCUGAGAGACGUGAUAUAUCCCACAGCAGAAAAUGACGUGGAGAUGCUGAAUCUGCUGAACCAGACAGGCUACUCUCAGCCUGCGAUCUUCUGUGUCGAGUACGCCCUCGCCCAGCUGAUGAUCAGCAAAGGCUUCAGUCCGAGCGUUGUCAUGGGUCACAGUUUAGGUGAGUAUGCUGCCGCAGCCAUUGCAGGAGUGAUGGACUGGAAGGAUGCCCUUCUUCUCGUGCACGAACGCGCCUCGAUAAUGCAGCACAUAGAUCCAAAUGACGGUGUCAUGUACGCGUGCCGCGCAAGCGAGCAGGACGCUCAGGCGGCCGUUGAGAAGGCUCUCGGGGAAAAAGCCGUUGCCGUCACUGUAUCUGCAAUCAACGGCCCGAGGAGCAUCGUCCUGGCAGGCACCCAGCCCGACGUCCUUGCAGUUCUCAAAGCUAUGGACAUGCAGUCGAGAGCGAAACAGCUCACUGUUUCGCAUGCUUUCCACUGUCCAUUGGUCGGAGAAGCGGCUGCACUUCUCUUGCCAAAGGUAGAAUCAGUGAAGCUGUCGAAUCCGAACGAAGGCAUUACAUUCAUUUCCACUGUCACCGGGAAGGCUGUCGGAGCCGGUGAACUCACGAAACCCGAGUACUGGGCCACGCAUAUCACAAAGCCCGUCCAAUUCCUUCAAGGUAUGCGUGCGGCUGUCACGAGCGGCGAAGCAGGCAUUUUCAUCGAGAUUGGCCCAAGACCGACACUAGUGAAUAUGGGUCAGCAGUGCGUGCCGAGAAAUGACUACACUUGGGUGGCGCCAGUCGAUCCGAAGGACAGCAACCGGAAUAGCUUCCCCCAAGCGCUAGAAAAAAUCACCAGUAAUAUGGUGUGCACGUACACCUGGAAGCGCCACGCAUUCCCAUGGACAGUCGUCGUCCAUCCGUUCGUCGACAAAUUUGUUCCGGAUCAGGACGAAACGAAAGCCACUUCUCAGAAACUGCUGACGCCCGCAGUCGGAGAAUUGCUGCACGAUCACGUCGUCAACGGGACAGCAAUGAUGCCUGGUGUCGGCUUCCUUGAAGCCAUGGCUGCCGGCGGUUUUAUGAUGGUGGACGGCAAGCUGCCAAGCACUGUCGUUGCUUUACGAGACUGUGAGUUUGAGCGGCCGAUGCUUAUCCCGAAAAUCGAUCCAUCCACUGGAGAAUUCACCCAGGCCGCCAAGCUGAUGAUUACAGUCAACAACAAAGACAUCACCCUGAAGAGCAUCAUGGACGGCGAAGAGGAAGAAAUCUUCCACAGCCGUUGCACUUUCUCUCUUUGCCCGGCAACAAGUCUCCCGACAGAACCGGCAGAUCUCCUGACCUCUCUCCAAGGCAGGAUCACAACGCCUGUGCCGAUCACGACGUUGUACGAGACGCUCCAAUCCGUAGGUCUUCAAUACGGAGCUCGCUUCCAGUCGAUCCGGGAAUGCUACGCCGCUGCAUCGGACGAAGUGCUCGCGAAGCUGCGUCCAAAGCUGCCUCUCCACUCCUUUGAACGAAACUUCCGUAUCCAUCCGGUUCUUCUGGACGGUGCUUUGCAGACUGCAGCUGUCCUGUUCGCAGAAAUGGGCCAUAAGCGACCCCUCGUACCGGUGGGGGUGAAGCGUGCACUCCUUGCUCGUGUGCCUGCCGGUUCAGAGGUCUGGAGUCACGUUGUUGUGAAGAGCAAAGACCUCCGGUCAGCCACCAUGGACGUCACGCUCUUCAGCACAAAGGGCACUAUUCUUGGGCAGCUUGUUGACGUCGCCGUUCGAGCAUUUGACGCGGUUGCCGGCGCUCAAAUUCCCAAAGGACUGCUGUGGGAGGUCUCAUGGGUUCCGAAGGCAAAGGCACCCGUGGAGGACGGCGUUGACACCGUGGAAAAUGAAGCCAGUGAAACGAUCACACCAACUGCCAAGUUGGCUGUGAAGCCAACUGGAAAGGUCGAGGGGCUUGCUCGUCAGCCAGCAGUGAACGGUCAGCCAAAGUGGCUCCUGUUGAAGACACCGUCUUCCAUGCUAGAAGGUCUCCAAAAGGCGUUGCAGGGAACGCCUUCGGCGUUUGUCAAGGAACUGGAUGAGAAGCACCCUAACAAUGCAAUAUCUUCGAAGAUUCAUAACAGCGAGUGGGACGCAAUUAUCUACUUGGGCGCGCUUUCUGCUGCCGCGUCGUCGACUACUUGCGUAGCCGACGCUCUACUCCUUGCCAACACACUCGGGAACACCGCAGCAGAGAAACCCUUGCCAAAUGUUCUGUUUGUCACCCAAGGUCAGCAUUUUAUCCGGGAAUGUGGAGACGUUCCCACGACAGCAGUGCCUACUCAAACAGGGCUGUAUGGCUUUUGCCGAUCUGCACAACUCGAGCUGGAAAAUAUAAUCGGGCGACCGGUUUACCUGGGGACCCUGGACUUCGCCGCCAAAGAUCCGACCCUCGACGAUCCGGCUGCCUUUGUCUCAGCUUUACAGAGGGUGUUGGCGGAAGCUGACCCUACCGGGGCUGCUGGCACUUGCGAGCCCCACACGGUGAUUCGCGGCGGGAAGGAAAUGGUCCCGAGACUGGUCAAGAGUUCCAUCGAGUGUCGCGGAGCUGUCGAACUGCACAUGAGCGACCGUGGUGCCUUGUCCAUGCUCAAGCUGCGGCCCAUGCCCAAGUCCGCAAGAGUGCCACCACCAAGAGACUGCGUAGAAAUCCGGGUACGAGCUGUCGGCCUCAACUUCCGUGAUGUCCUUAACGUGAUGGGGCUCUACCCUGGCGACCCUGGUCCUCCUGGCGCAGACUGCGCAGGUACUGUGGUGGCUGUUGGUGAAGGCGUGGAACAUCUCCGAGUUGGAGAUGCAGUUUUCGGCAUCGCACAGGGAGCCUUGAAGACAUUUGUGACCACGUCUGCGCACCUGGUUCGCCCUCUUCCUGGAAGACUCACAUUUGAGCAAGCUGCGGCGCUCCCAGUUGUCGCUUCCACAGUUGAGUACGCCCUCCACGACGUGGCUAAGGUGAAGAAGGGAGACAAAGUUCUUAUCCAUGCGGUGACCGGAGGCGUCGGCCUAGCGGCUGUACAGUUCUGCAAACGAGUUGGUGCUGAAAUCUACGGGACGUGCAGUGGGGGCAAGAAGGAGGAGUUUGCACGCUCGGUGGGAGUCAAGUACAUAACAAGCAGCCGCGACCCGAAGAAAUUCGCGGAGGACAUGUGUGAGUUUCUCGGGAAUGGCAAGCAUAAGAUUGAUGUGGUCCUGAACUGCUUGAUUGAAAACUACAUCCCCGAAACUCUAAAGUUCCUUGCGCCGAACGGCAGGUUCGUCGAACUGGGUAAACGCGGCAUAUGGACAAGGGAACAAAUGGGAACGGUGCGGCCGGAUGUGCUCUAUGAAACGGUGGCCAUAGACACAAUGAUGGAAGAAGACCCUGUAUGGUUUGGUGGUAUGCUGGACCGUAUUCGGAAUCUCGUAGACGGCAGCAUGCUUCAGCCCCUGCCGUUGCAUACCUUCGAGAUGACGGAUUCGUCGGAAGGGGGAGUUGCUGCCUUCCGCUUCUUGCAGCGCGCCCAGCAUAUUGGUAAAGUUGUGAUUCGCCUCUCUAGCGCUCUGGAGGUUAAGAAUUUCACGACAAACUCUAGACAAGAAACGGAGAACGAGGACAGCGGGGAACGACACACCCUCUCACCCGCGACUGCAGUUGGGAAGCCUCUGUCUCAGUCAGUUGCUGACCAGAUGCACAAGACAUACAUAAUCACAGGUGGAACAGGUGGCCUGGGUUUAGUUGUUGCCCAGUGGCUCAUUGAAGAAGGUGCGCACAACAUCGUCCUGCUUUCGAGAAGAGGCGAGCCUCCAAGCAGCGUAAAGGCGGGAGAUCCGGUGUGGAAAUACUUAUGUGGCGAAGAGCAGCCGAACUGCAUCAGUGUGGCAACUCUCAAGUGCGACGUUUCCCAGAAAGACGAUUUACUUCGAGUCUUCAAGGAAAUUGAGUCCAGAGGCCUACCUCCUGUUGCUGGCAUCUUCCACGCUGCCGGUGUCACCGCGGACGCCGCCCUUGCAAGCCAGACGGCUGAUUCUGUAGAUCAGGUCUACCUGCCUAAGGCUAUUGGUGCGUGGAAUUUGCACGACGCUUGUGAAGCACUGGGACUGAAUAAAUCCCUGGAAGUCUUCAUGAUGUUUUCUUCUGUUGCGGCUCUACUGGGUAACUUCGGCCAAGCGAACUAUUCAGCAGCAAAUGCCUGCCUGGAUGCGUUGGCGAUGUACCGUCAAUCUUUGGGGCUGUGCGGACAAAGCAUUCAGUGGGGACCAUGGAUUGAACAAGGUAUGGCCGCCCAACUGACACAGCACUUGGAGAAGGUUGGAAUGCGUGGCAUCACCAACGAGCUAGGUCUUCGCGUUUUGGGUGACGUGAUGAUGCAUCCCACUGUCGCAGUUGUUGGUGCACAGUCGCUGCAGUGGCGCAAGUUCUUGCGUCGUUAUGCGUUCGAGAUGCCUAGCUUCUUUUCUCUUGUCCCGAUGGCUGGCGCGGGCUCCUCCGAAGCCUCGGUGAACUUGGCGACGAUCACAAAGGAAGAUCUGUGUGAACUCAUCUCCAGUUUAGCCCAAGCAGUUUCCGGUGCAGCCGAGAAGCCUGCCGUCGACACCCCUUUGAUGGACUUGGGGCUUGACUCGCUUGGUGCUGUUGAAUUCCGCAAUUCCGUAGCUGACAAGGUCGGCGUGAAGCUUCCACAGAACCUCAUGUUUGAGAACCCGUCCAUUUCAUCGAUUUCCGACUACAUUUUGGACAAGGCAGCAGGAAAACACGGCGAAUCAGGCGUCACUGGAGCCAACGGAGGCAGUGGCGAAGGGUCUGAUAUCCCCGCCUUGGACACGCCGCUUGACCAAUGGCUCAUGAGUGUGCUGGAGCCCGCAGAAAGGUUUGCGCUCUACAUUGAUUCCUUCGCUUCAGAGUAUGGAACUCUGCAGAAAAUGGCAGCGGAGGAAGACAUUAUCACAGCGUUGGAGGACCUGGGGGUUGAAGACGGUGGAGACUUUGAGCGUCUGCAUGUAGCGUGGGAUGAUCUGUGCAACCAAAUAAACACGGCUAAGCGCAUGGCUGCAAAGGAUAUCAGGCCUUCUUCCACGGCAGUCUCCGUCUCCGACCACCCGAAGCCACGGAUGCCACACCCGAUGGAAGACGUGGACACCCUGCUGGCAUCUCUCGACUUCGAUGUGAGCACACUGCGGCCAGCGACCGCCCCUGACAAGGUGAAAAACGUUCUCCUCACUGGCGUUACUGGUUUCGUAGGUCGUGUUCAAUUGGCCUCUCUGAUGCAACUCAAACAGCGGCCCGACCUAAGGGUGUACUGUUUGGUUCGUGCUCGCAAUGCAGAUCACGCUCUGAGCCGCAUCAGGGAAGCAACCAAGGAAGCCAAGUGCUGGCAAGAAACCUUCGUUAGCCGCAUCGUCCCUGUGACCGGGGACUUCACACAGCCAUUGCUCGGGCUAAGUUCAGAGGAAUUCCAAGAACUCGCAAGAAAAAUCGACAUCGUUUACCACACCGGUGGCGACGUCAACUUGCUCAGCAACUACGGGCGCCUGCGUGCGACCAACGUGCUCAGCGUAAAAGCGAUAAUCGAUUUGUGUACCACGUACAAAGUAAAGCCGCUCCAUUUCGCCUCCACACUGGGACAGUUCCCGGCUUUCUUUGCAAUGUUUACCGGGCAUUUCAGUGGGGAAUCGAUAAGGGAAGAUUCCACACCUGACGUUUCUCAGAUGGAGAACUUCUACCCUCCGUCUCGACAGGGUUACCCGUGGUCCAAAUGGGCUGCAGAGAGAGUGUUGGAGGGGGCCAGGAAACGGGGUUUGCCUGUGGCCAUUUAUCGGCUGCCAAACACCUACGUCGCCUACAAAACAGGAUAUACGAACAAAACCGAUUACGCAACCGCCUUGAUGAUAGCCUCCAUCCAGGAAGGAGUGUUUCCUAUUGGAGCCGCAACGGCGCCACUCACUCCAGUUGAUACAAUCUGUGAUAUGCUGGUUGAAGCGUCUUUUUUGGAAAAACCGAAGCACUGGGUAUACCACUUGUUCGACCCGCGCCUCGUCACCAGGGCGGAUUUGGAACAGUGGAGCCAAGAACUCGGCAUCAGCUACGUAGGUGUCAAGGUCGACGAGUUCCUCGAGGCCAUAAAGAAGAGAGGUCCGGAGUCCCCAGUCUUCAAGUUCGUCCCUCUGAUGCAACACUGGCGACGAUUCUGGUUCGAUCCAGAGGAACGGACGGAGUCUUUCCCAAUUUCAAAUGAACACAUUUUCGAGGAUCUUCCACAUAUGCGUUGGCCUUCACUACGCGAAGUCUUCAAGAACUCCCUUUUGUACAGCGUCCGAAUGGGAUUCUUCCCGAAGAAUUCCAAAUCCAUCAUUCUCGACCCCCAAGUUGCCCUAAACGAAGCGCGUCGUAUAUGCGGCCUCCAGCUGAUGGGUCGUGAGGGCGAAGACUUUUUCCUGCAUCCAUGGAGGGUUCUGCAGGAGUCAGCGAGACGGGAAUGUGACUUGCUCUUUGGUGGUCAACUUGCAGUGUAUAGGACUGUACGCCAUUACUUCAUGAAUGUCAUGUACUUAGCCGACGCACAGGCGAAAUGCCCUGAAAUCGAGAAACAGGAAAUCCAAGCUCCUCUUAUCAUAGUCGGUCUCAACCGUACUGGAACGACAUUCUUGCAGAACCUUAUGUCUACGGAUCCUAGUAACCGUAGUUUGCGCUACUGCGAAAUGAUUGCGCCAUACGGUCCAGAUGGAAACUACAGGCCGAAGGGGCUGCCGAACACGGAAGAGUCGUGGAAAAAGGACCCUCGUAUCCCAUUUGCUCAAGAGAUUCUCGAUAGUCAGCUUGGUUUAUCAGAGGAGUGGAUGGCAAUUCACACACAACGAGCAGAGCUUCCGGAGGAAGACUUCGUCAUUUUCGAACACUGCGGUCGAUGCUAUUCGAUCUGUACGGAAUUCAGCGUCCCGUCCUACCGCGAGUGGCUUGCAUCUGAUAACUACAAAGAAACGCGAAAAGCCUAUUCGUUCCACAAACGAUUUUUGCAGCAUCUUCAGUGGCAACGCCCCGCCAAGCGCUGGCUACUCAAAAUGCCUUUCCACUUAUUUACUCUCGAAGCGUUAUUCGAGACGUAUCCCGAUGCAAAGAUUAUCUUUAUGCACAGAGAUCCGAAGGAGACAAUGGGAAGUUGGGCAAGCCUCGUAAAGCAUGCCCAGCAGUCUCUGAUGGACAAUGUUGACCCAUCUGCUCUCGGCCGUGAGGAGCUGCGAGCUAUGAGCACUAUGAUCAAUCGGGCUUUGGCUUUCCGGCGCUCACACCCGGAGCUCGGGCCGCGAUUUUUGGAUGUACAAUAUCAGGAUCUUGUAAACAACCCUAUUGGAGUCGUCAAGAGCAUCUACAAACACUUCGGCAUCCCUCUGACUCUAGCUGCCCAAACGGGAAUCGCCAGUUUCUGCAACGAGAAUCGAAAACAUCGCGACAAGCUCACAAAACACAUGUACAGCUUGAAGGAUGUUGAUCUGACAGAUGGUAUGGUGCAAGAGGCGUUCAAAGAAUACUAUGACUCAGGUCUUUGCAAAUACCUUUCCUCUGCACGAUAA